GAACGUAAUGCCCAUGCUGUUCUACACUCUGACUGCAGCUUUUUUGAUCGGCACACAGGCAGCUCCCAAGUCAGAGGACAAUGCUCCACUGGAGUUUCCUGCAGAACACUCCCUGCUCAGUACCUGGAGCGACCGACCCCACAUUGCCCAGGAGGCUCCGCAGACAUCCCACGGCCACGCCACGUGGAGCCUCGGCAGGAGAGAAGCUCUAAACAUCACCGUGGACCCCAAAGUCUUUCGGAAGCGGCGUUUCCGGUCUCCCCGCGUGCUGUUCAGCACGGAGCCCCCGCCGGUGGCCGGGCAGGGCCGGAAUUUGGGAUUUCUCAGCAGCACGGGGGCUCUCAACAGGACUGCCAGGAGCAGGAGGAGCACGCACCCCGUGCUGCACCGCGGGGAGUUCUCGGUGUGCGACAGCGUCAGCAUGUGGGUCGGGGACAAAACCACGGCCACCGACAUCAAGGGCAAGGAGGUGACAGUGCUGGGCGAGGUCAACAUCAACAACAACGUCUUUAAGCAGUACUUUUUUGAGACCAAGUGCAGGGACCCCAAGCCGGUGUCGGGCGGGUGCCGCGGCAUCGACGCCAAGCACUGGAACUCGUACUGCACCACCACCCACACCUUCGUCAAGGCCCUGACCAUGGAGGGCAAGCAGGCGGCCUGGAGGUUCAUCCGCAUCGACACCGCCUGCGUCUGCGUGCUCAGCAGGAAGGCGGCCAGGCCCUGAGCCCACGCCCUCCGACCCCCCUACCUCAGCCUGUAAAUUAUUUUAAGUUAUAAAGGACUGCAUGGUAUAUUUAUAGUUUAUACAGUACAGAAAGAACCUCAUUAUUUAUUAAACUCUUUUGGAAA